ACAGGCACAGCUGGCACUGUGUGCGCAUUUUAUGCGUCAUGUUAUGAAACUCUGAAGGUACCUACAUGUUUUUAUUUAUUAAGUUGUUCAUUUCCCCACCCCACGUGAAUCAUAAGGAAGCGGUGAAGGGGAAAAGAAACUCGAAACCGGCUGCAGAUUUUCACACUACAGCAAAAAUCGUCACACUAAGCGCGAGGACGCGGACACGAGGCUCUUAUACGAGUCAUAUCAUCUUUCCCUUGAACACAGGGACUGCAGGUCUGGGCUGGUGGCUCUACACGGAACGCUCGCGCGCUCCGUUUACCCUAGAUACGCACGUCAUUGAACUGCGACGCUGUUUAUGUGUUGCUAUAAUAAGCAAACAAGACGUGUACCAGUCUGUGCUGAAUGGUCGUGCAAGGUUGCCGAGAGCGAGUGCCCAUGGCGAUUUGGAACACCACCCUCCCGUUGCUGUUUCUCUGCACGUGGGUGCUCGUGCCAAGUCGAGCUUACAGAAGCGAGUGCAGAGUUGAGCUGAGAAAGGCGGACUGCAGCCACAUGAACCUCAACACCAUCCCUCAGGACUUGCCUGAGGACAUCAGUGUCCUGGAUGUGUCCCAUAACCGGCUGGUCGAGCUCAAGCCCUCAUCUCUGACUCGAUACCGCAGUCUGGAGCAUAUCGACGCCAGCUACAACAGCCUGAAGGCGGUGCCGGCGGGUCUGUGCCAGGCUACGCCAGAGCUGUGGUGGCUCACGCUGCGUCACAACGAAGUGCACCUGCUGCAAGACCGAGACCUGAGGAACUGCACACGCCUCACCCACCUGGACCUGUCCGAUAACAGACUGAGACUUACAGGAGAACCCUUCUCAGGGACGGAGAACUUGGCCUUCCUGGACGUAUCCCGAAACAAGCUGACCACCGCUCGUCUGGGGUCGCGACCCCAGCUGCCCAGCUUGCAGACCCUCGUCGUCGCCGGCAACGACAUCGCAGACCUGAAGAAGGACGACUUUUAUUUUCUCAACGAGUCCUCGUUGUUCCGGACGCUGUCUCUUUCUUCUCUGCCUCUGAAGAAGGUGGACCGUGGCUGCUUCAAGCCCAUUGCUGGGUUACAAGACCUGGUGCUAGAUGGUUGUAAGCUCAACCCUUCCUUCAUGUCUAGACUCUGUGAGGAGCUGUCUGACACCUCUUUGAGAAACCUGUCUAUCCAGUUUACUCAGCAGGUCAUGCUGAACAACAGCACCUUCAAAGGCCUAGGCAAGACCAACCUCACGAUCCUGGAUCUCUCCAACAACAACAUGGCCAGAAUCACAGAUGGAGCCUUUCAGUGGUUUCCCAUGCUGGAGUACCUCUCUUUAGAGCACAACAACCUGAAACAUCUGACCAAAGGUACCUUCUUGGGACUGAAAAGUCUGAGGAAACUCAACCUACAGUCGGCGCUAGCUAAAGGUCAUGCGUCUCCCUUGCCCGUCAUAGACGACUUCUCUUUCCAGCCACUGGUCAAGCUGGAGUAUCUGUACAUGGAGAAGACGUCAUUUAGGGAGAUCACUGAGAAUAUCUUUUACGGACUUCCGUGUCUGAGAGAGCUGAAUCUUGGCUGGAGCAGCACAGGGCUAAAGAUAGUCAGCAACACCACCUUUGCUUCCUUGAAUGGAUCUUCACUUCUCCAGAUGCUCAAUCUUACAGGUAUGGGUAUCAAGACCCUUGAGCCAGGAGCUUUUUCAAGCUUGGGAAACCUUGAGAUUCUUGUGCUCAGUCAUAACUACAUCAACCAGCAGCUGACAGGGGAAGAGUUUCAGGGUCUCCACAGUAUCAGGGAAAUUCAUUUGUCCUUCAACCAACAGAUGAUCACUUUAAUGUCUACGUCGUUCAUACAUGUACCCACUUUGAGGACUCUGAUGCUCGGGCAUGCCCUAAGUUCUAAUUUGGAAGUGGAACCGUCUCCGUUUCGACUGCUGGUCAACCUGACGUUGCUGGAUCUCAGUAAUAAUAACAUCGCAAACAUCAAAAACGGCUUGCUCGAUGGAUUACACCAUCUCAGUGUGCUGAAACUGCAGCACAAUAAUUUGGCCAGGGUGUGGAAAAAUGCUAAUCCUGGGGGUCCAGUGCUGAUCCUUCGCGAUGCUCAGAACCUUACUGUUCUCGAGUUGGACUACAAUGGUCUCGAUGAGAUUCCAAUGAAGGCCUUCCAAGGCCUCUCAAAACUAAAAUACCUCAGUAUUAGUGGGAAUCUCCUGAAUUUUCUGCAUGACUCCAUUUUUGACAACUUGCGGUCUCUGCGCUUCCUGCGGCUGCAGAAAAACCUCUUGACCUCAGUGCGGCGGGAGACGUUCGGUGUGCCGCUGUCCAACCUGACCGAGCUUUUCAUGGAUCAUAACCCCUUCGAUUGCACCUGUGAGAGCAUUCUAUGGUUCAACAAAUGGCUCAAUACAACCAACACCAGCGUACCUGACCGUGCCAAAAGCUACGUCUGCAACACUCCAUCCAUGUACUUCAACCGUUCGGUGUUGGACUUCAACCCAGAAUCCUGUAAGGACCUGGUCCCCUUCCAGGCUUUGUAUGUAAUCACCAGCUCCUUAGUACUAGGUCUGAUGGUUCUAGCCUUCCUGGUGCACUUCCAGGGCUGGAGGAUUCAAUUCUACUGGAACAUUUUAGUCAAUCGCACCCUAGAUAUAAACGACUCUCGUUAUAAAAGGGUGGCCGAGUGCAGAUAUGAAUAUAAAGCCUACGUUGUCCAUGCUCAGGAGGAUAGACUUUGGGUGGAACGAAGCUUGCUUCCUCUGGAAGACAAGGAUUUCAGGUUCUUCUUGGAGGACCGGGAUGCAAUGCCAGGCAGCUCCAGGUUAGAGACCAUAGUAGACAACAUGAGAAUCUCCCGGAAAAUCCUUUUUGUUGUCACAGAGGCGCUUUUGAACGAUCCCUGGUGUAGACAGUUUAAAGUCCACCACGCCCUUCACCAGUUAAUGGAAGAAAAUCGAGACUCGCUGGUUCUGAUUUUCCUGGAGGAUGUCGCAGAUUACCGCCUGACUCAGUCGCUCAUGUUGCGUAAAGGCAUGCUAAAACACCGCUGCAUGCUCCAGUGGCCUCUGCAAAAAGAGCGCAUCCCGGCUUUCCGCCAGAAGCUACAGCUAGCGUUAGCCUCGAGUAACCGGGUCAGCUAAAGCCUGCUAUCUGGGUAGAACCUGGAUGAAGCAUUUAACUUCAUCGUAUAUAGCAGACACCAAUAGUAAGGGUUGCUGUUAAUGAUAGUCUCAACAAAGACGUAAUGCUGUUUACCUUUUCAGUGCCUUACUCACAAAUUUGCCAAGCUGUGGAUAGUAUAAUAAAGGUGAGGCUACAGGUUAUUAAAUUCACUUAGCUCUGUUAGCACAUUAGGUUCUUAGAUACCAGUAGCAAGUAUUACUUGAAAAAAAAAGGUAAGCUAAUCCACUUUAACGGGGCCAGAUAAAUUUACAUUUGAAAACUGUGUCGUGUCUAAAUAUACAGAGCUGGAUUUUUGUAAUAUUCUGUAUUUUUGUAUAUAUAUAUAUAUAAUUUUUUUUUUCUCCAGAUUAUGACAUUACAGUUAUGUAGUGAACAUUUAUUGUAUGUAAACCGUCUUGAUUUUAUACAAGUACUGGGUUCACUUCUCAUGAUUUACGGUUAUGCUCUGCCCCCUAGUGGCUGUGUCUGGAAUAAACGAUUUGAAGGCGUGUAAAUUCAUGAACGCCUGCUUUCA